AGGAGUUAUCUGAUUUCUCUCUCCCGGAGGAGGGGAAAAAAGGAAAGGGAAAUAAUCGCUCCGGCGACCGGCGGCGAUUAGGACGGGAUGGACGGAGCCAAGCCACCGGCGGCGGCGGUUGGGAAGCAGGGGCUUGAAGAAGCGCUGCUCCAGAUCGUACAACAGCACCACCACCAAUCCCUCCGCCAACGCCAACAAACUGAGAGAGCCAAGAAGGAUGCCCUGAGAAGCGCGGGGCACGUGGCCGAUCUCCUCGUGGACACGGUCGACGGAGGGGUGCAGGAGCUCUUCGUCAACGAGAAGAGCAUCGAGCUUGAGGCCCGCGCGCUGCUCAGCACUAUCGCGCGCCACAGGAAGCAGACGGACCGGUGGCUGGCUGCCACCAACGAGAUCAAUUCAGUGUUGAAGGAAAUUGGUGACUUCGAGAACUGGAUGAAGGUCAUGGACUUUGACUGUAAAAGUAUCAAUGCAGCGAUACGCAAUAUUCAUCAAUCAUGACUCUGCCUGCAAUCAUAGCUUUAGGAAGUAUUCAUGUCAUUAGAUACAUUCAUUCGAAUUGCGGGGCUGGAAACCCUCUUGUCUAGAACUGUUUCCUGUUUUUCCAUACAAAACUGUAAAAUGAAUCCUUGCCAAGCAUCUGUGCUAUGAGUACCAUCACUGAUCCCUUCAAUUUCAAAGUCAUGAUAUAUGAUCAAAAUACUUGUCAAUCUGAUUAA